CUUAUUACUACGUUACAUUUAGCUGUCAAAAUGUUUCUGUUUACUGGAGUGGUAUGUUUGGCCUUGGCUGUAACUGCCCAAUCAGCUGCAAUCGACACGGAUGCUAUCACUUCGCCUGUGUACGACUAUCAUCGAAGAAUCGGUAUUCCUGAAGCUGAAAGAAUACGAAAAAAUGAAAUAUCAAAAAUUGCUGGAGGUUUUAUAAACGAUGUAACAGAAACCCCAUAUCAGGUCGGCAUCAUUGUUCAAAUCAUGUCAUUCUUCACGUCAGUAUGUGGGGGUUCCCUCAUAUCUUCCACUCGCGUGGUGACUGCAGCCCACUGCAGGGACGAUGGCGUGUUCAGCGCUCAAUUCUUCACCAUAGUCUUGGGGUCCAACACUCUGUUCAGUGGUGGAGUUCGUAUUGUGACCGAUGACGUUGCGGUCCAUCCGAACUGGCAAGCAAUCACCAUUUCUAAUGACAUCGCUGUUGUGCGAACUGAACCCGUUACUUUUACUGAAUCGAUCCAGCCUAUUAACCUCCCCAUUGGCAGCGAGCUCUUAUACGACUACACUGACUGGACAGCUGUUGCUUCUGGCUUUGGCGUCAUUGCUCCUGGUUCACCGAUUGAAAAUGAGCAGCCGAUCAGAUCGGUAAUCUUGUCCGUCAUUUCGAACCAGGAAUGUAAGGCUACAUUCGGCAGCUUUGUGCUUCCUUCCACUAUUUGCACCAGCGGGGCGGGAGGAAAAGGAACUUGCUCGGGUGACUCUGGUGGACCUCUAGUCGUCCAUAGUGCUAGGACCUACUUGAUAGGUGUGACGUCUUUCGGCUCAAGCCGCGGGUGCAAUAUGGGCUACCCAUCCGCCUACGCCAGAGUUACAUCCUACGUCGACUGGAUUCAAUCUCACAUCACUAUGAAAAUUGCGUGUGCAUUUAUUUUGUUUUGUGUGGCUUUUGCUAAAGCAGCAGAGGUGCCAAAUGGAAUUGAAAAUGGCGUUUAUGAUUACCACCGUAGAAUUGGUAUUCCUAAAGCGUUUAAGAUCAAGAAGCUAGAAAGUGAAAUGACUCCAGCCAGCAGCAGAAUCAUUGGUGGAUCCUCUACGACUAUUUUCUCCGUACCAUAUCAGGCAGGUCUCAUCCUAAGAAUAUCGAUAUUCAGUUCGGUAUGCGGUGGUACCUUGAUCUCGGACUCAAGAGUGCUGACGGCUGCCCAUUGCUACAACGAUGGUAACAGCAUCGUCUCCUCCAUACAAGUGAUCCUGGGCUCCAGUAUGCUGUUCUCUGGGGGAACCAGAAUUGACACUAACGAUAUUGUCCUGAACCCUGGCUAUAACCCUUGGAUCGCCGCCAAUGACAUCGCUGUCAUUCGUAUUCCUAGGGUCAGUUUUUCGUUGGCAAUUCAACCAGUCAUCUUGCCAUCGGGUAGCGAGCUCAACUUGAAUUACGCUGGCAACACUGCUACAGCCUCCGGCUAUGGAAUAACUAGAGACGGGGACAGCGUGGGCCUGCUCCAAACGAUAAAUUCAGUGAACCUGCAAGUGAUCACGAACGCCGUGUGCGCGAAUUCUUACGGCAACGUCAUACAGAGUCACCAUCUUUGCACCAGCGGCGCUGGACGAGUGGGUGUCUGCGGCGGGGACACUGGUGGCCCACUUGUCACCACUGUUAAUGGCCGAAGGAUAUUGAUUGGUGUGAGUUCCUUCACGGCGAACAGUGGAUGUGAAGCUGGUUUGCCAUCAGGCUUCUCAAGAGUCACUUCAUUUAUCUCUUGGAUCCAUUCCAUAUAACUAUACCGAAACCGAUUGAUGAAGCUACGUCAUUUUGAUAAAGAAACACCUGAAAUUGU